AUGAGUGAAGAAAACUUAUUCGAAGAAACAUCUCCAAAACAAGCAUACGAAAUAACAGACUAUUCGUCAAAACACUCAAAACUACCAUCCCAUUUCAGAGGUCUGAACACAAUAGAUAUAGCUGAAGAAUCUCCCUUAAAAGAAUUCGUAAAAUCUCACGGUGGUCACACAGUUAUCUCUAAGAUAUUAAUCGCAAACAAUGGUAUUGCUGCCGUAAAGGAAAUUCGUUCAGUCAGAAAAUGGGCCUAUGAAACCUUUGGUGAUGAUAGAACUAUUCAAUUCGUAGCGAUGGCUACUCCAGAAGAUUUGGAAGCUAACGCGGAAUAUAUUAGAAUGGCUGAUCAAUAUGUGGAGGUACCAGGUGGAACCAAUAAUAAUAAUUACGCUAAUGUAGAUCUUAUUGUAGAUAUCGCUGAAAGAGCUAACGUAGAUGCCGUGUGGGCUGGUUGGGGUCAUGCUUCAGAAAACCCUCAUUUACCUGAAAAAUUAGCUAAAUCGAAGAGGAAAGUUGUAUUCAUUGGACCUCCUGGAAGUGCUAUGAGAUCACUGGGGGAUAAAAUAUCUUCAACUAUCGUUGCUCAGUCUGCGAAUGUUCCUUGUAUUCCAUGGUCUGGAACUGGGAUCAAUACUGUUAAAGUUGAUAAAGAAACUGGGUUAGUCUCCGUUCCUGAUGAUGUUUAUCAAGAAGGUUGUUGUUCAUCACCAGAAGAUGGUCUAGUUAAAGCUAAAAAAAUUGGAUUCCCCGUUAUGAUCAAAGCUUCAGAAGGUGGUGGUGGUAAAGGUAUUAGACAAGUGGAACGUGAAGAGGAUUUUAUCCCAUUAUAUCAUCAAGCUGCAAAUGAAAUACCCGGAUCUCCAAUAUUUAUUAUGAAAUUGGCUGGGAAGGCUCGUCAUUUGGAAGUUCAAUUAUUAGCUGAUCAAUAUGGUAAUAAUAUUUCAUUGUUUGGUCGUGAUUGUUCCGUACAAAGACGUCAUCAAAAAAUUAUUGAAGAAGCUCCUGUAACUAUUGCUCCUCCAGAGAUUUUCGCUCAAAUGGAAAAAUCUGCUGUAAGAUUAGGUCAAUUAGUCGGUUACGUUUCUGCUGGUACAGUAGAGUAUUUAUAUUCUCAUGAUGAACAAAAAUUCUAUUUCUUAGAAUUAAAUCCAAGAUUACAAGUGGAACAUCCAACCACUGAAAUGGUCACUGGUGUUAAUUUACCUGCUUCACAAUUACAAAUCGCAAUGGGUAUCCCGAUGCAUAGAAUUAGUGAUAUCAGAGUUUAUUAUGGGAUGAAUCCACAUAGUUCAUCUGAAAUUGAUUUCGAAUUCAAAACUGAAAAGGCAUUGAAAACCCAAAGAAAACCUGUUCCAAAGGGUCAUUGCACAGCCUGUCGUAUCACUUCUGAAGAUCCAAAUGAAGGGUUUAAACCAUCUGGUGGUUCAUUACAUGAAUUGAAUUUCCGUUCUUCUUCCAAUGUAUGGGGUUACUUCUCAGUUGGUAACAACGGUGGUAUUCAUUCUUUCUCUGACUCUCAAUUCGGUCAUAUCUUCGCAUUCGGUGAAAAUAGACAAGCUUCAAGAAAACAUAUGGUCGUUGCCUUAAAGGAAUUAUCAAUUAGGGGUGAUUUUAGAACUACAGUGGAAUAUUUAAUUAAAUUAUUAGAAACUGAAGAUUUUGAAGAUAACACUAUUACCACAGGUUGGUUAGAUGAUUUAAUUUCUCAUAAAAUGACUGCAGAAAAACCUGAUGAAACUUUGGCUGUCAUUUGUGGUGCUACAACUCAAGCUUUCAUUAAUUCUGAAAAAUCUCGUCAAAAAUACAUUGACGAUUUGAAAAGAGGUCAAGUUCCAUCAAAAUCUUGCCUAAAGACAAUGUUCCCAGUAGAGUUUAUUCAUGAAGGUAAGAGAUAUAAGUUUACCGUGGCAAAAUCUGCUAAUGAUCGCUAUACAUUAUUUAUAAAUGGUUCCAAAUGUGAAGUUCGCGCACGUAAACUCUCAGACGGUGGAUUGUUGAUAGCAUUAGGUGGUAAAUCACAUACAAUUUACUGGAAACAAGAAGUUUCCGCUACAAGAUUAUCUGUCGAUUCAAUGACUACCCUUUUAGAAGUAGAAAAUGAUCCAACACAAUUGCGUACACCAUCCCCAGGUAAAUUGGUCAAAUUCUUAGUUGAAAAUGGUGAUCAUAUUAAAGCAGGCCAACCUUAUGCUGAAAUUGAAGUUAUGAAAAUGCAAAUGCCAUUAGUGGCACAAGAAAGUGGUGUAGUUCAAUUACUAAAACAACCAGGAUCUACAAUUGUUGCUGGUGAUAUCAUCGCUAUAUUAACUUUAGAUGAUCCAUCUAAGGUGAAACAUGCUUUACCAUUUGAAGGUUUAUUACCUGAUUUCGGUUCCCCAGUUGUUGAAGGUACUAAACCUGCUUAUAAAUUUCAAUCUUUAGUUACAACUCUGGAAAACAUUUUACAAGGUUACGAUAAUCAAGUCAUCAUGAACGCAUCUUUGCAGCAAUUAAUAGAAGUCUUAAGAGAUCCAAAAUUACCAUAUUCUGAAUGGAAGUUACAAAUUUCUGCGUUACAUUCCAGGUUACCAGUUGAUUUGGAUGAGAAAUUAAGCGAAUUAGUCGAUCGAUCUGCCAAACGUAGUGCUGUUUUCCCGGCCAAACAAAUUGCAAAAAUGCUAGACAAUGCUGUUAAACAACCAGAUACUGACGCUCAAUUACUAUCCACUUUGGAACCAUUACUUGACAUUACAAGAAGAUAUACAGAUGGUAUUGAAGCUCAUGAACAUUCCGUCUUCGUUAAUUUCUUGGAAGAGUACUACGAUGUCGAAAAGUUAUUCAGCUCUGCAAACUCCCGUGAAGAAUCUGUGAUUUUGAAGUUACGUGAUGAAAACAUUGAUAACUUAGAUAAGGUCGCCUUAAUAGUCUUAUCCCACGCUAAAGUUUCUGCUAAGAAUAACUUGAUUUUGGCAAUAUUAAAACAUUACCAACCACUAUGCAAGCUUUCAUCUCAUGUUGCACAUAUUUUCACAACUCCUCUACAGCAUCUAGUCCAGCUAGAAUCUAAAUCUACAGCAAAGGUCGCAUUACAAGCAAGAGAAAUAUUGAUUCAAGGUGCCUUACCAUCUGUCAAGGAAAGGACUGAACAAGUUGAACAUAUAUUGAAGUCAUCAGUUGUUGGAACUACUUACGGUGCAUCGAAUUCAAAGAGAACUGAACCAGAUCUGGAGAUUUUGAAAGAUUUAAUCGACUCCAAUUAUGUUGUCUUUGACGUUUUAAUCCAAUUCUUAAAUCAUCCAGAUCCAGCUGUAGCUGCUGCUGCUGCACAAGUUUACGUUCGUAGAGCCUAUAGAGCUUAUACCGUUGGUGAAGUUAGAGGUCAUGCAUCAACUUCGAAUCCAGUCAUUGAAUGGAAAUUUCAAUUACCCUCUGCUGCAUUCUCAUCCAUUCCACAAAUGAGAACUAAAAUGGGUAUGAAUAGAGCAAUUUCUGUUUCAGAUUUGACAUAUGUUGUAGAUAGUGAACAUUCACCUUUAAGAACAGGUAUUCUUGUUGCUGCUGAUCAUUUGGAUGAUGUUGACACGAAUUUAUCUGAAAGUUUAGGUGUUAUCCCUGAACAUGCUUCGACUACUGGCCCAGUUCCAGACAGAUCCGGUAGCUCUUCUUCAUUGAGUAAUGUGGCUAAUAUAUUUGUUGCAUCUACAGAAGGUUUUGAAAAUGAAACUGCCAUCUUAAAACGUAUUAGAGAAAUAUUGGAUGUUAAUAAACAAGAUUUGAUCAAAUCAGCCAUUCGUCGUAUAACUUUCAUGUUUGGUUGUACUGAUGGUUCAUAUCCAAAAUACUAUACCUUCAACGGUCCAUCGUAUAACGAGAAUGAAACGAUUCGUCAUAUUGAACCUGCAUGUGCUUUCCAAUUAGAGUUAGGAAGAAUGUCGAAUUUCAAUAUUAAACCAAUCUUCACUGAAAACAGGAACAUUCAUGUGUAUGAAGCAGUCAGUAAGACUUCGCCUUUAGACAAGAGAUUUUUCACAAGAGGUAUUAUUAGAACUGGCCGUAUCAGCGCUGACAUAUCCAUCCAAAAGUAUCUAACAUCUGAAGCUAAUAGAUUAAUGAGUGAUAUUUUAGAUAAUUUGGAAAUCAUCGAUACCUCAAACUCAGAUUUGAAUCAUAUUUUCAUUAAUUUCUCUGCAGUUUUUGAUGUUUCUCCAGAAGAUGUUGAAGCUGCUUUUGCCGGUUUCUUAGCAAGAUUCGGUAAACGUUACUUAAGAUUACGCGUUUCUUCUGCUGAAAUUCGCAUCAUCAUUCAAGAUCCAAAAACUGGUACUCCAGUUCCAUUACGUGCAUUAAUUAAUAAUGUCUCAGGUUAUGUUGUUAAAUCAGAAUUAUAUACUGAAGUGAAGAAUAAUAAGGGUGAAUGGGUAUUUAAAUCUCUUGGUAAGCCUGGUUCUAUGCAUUUAAGACCAAUUGCCACUCCAUACCCUGUGAAAGAAUGGCUACAACCAAAACGUUAUAAGGCACAUUUAAUGGGUACUACAUAUGUUUAUGAUUUCCCAGAUUUAUUCCAUCAAGCAGCAAUGUCACAAUGGGAGAAAUUUGGAUUAGAAACUCCAUUAUCUGACUCAUUCUUUAUUGCUAAUGAAUUAAUUGAAGAUGAGAAUGGUGAAUUGACUGAGGUUGAAAGAGAAGCAGGUGUAAAUUCCAUUGGUAUGGUUGCAUUUAAAGUUACUGUGAAGACUCCAGAAUAUCCUCGUGGUCGUCAAUUUGUCAUUGUUGCUAAUGAUAUUACUUAUAAGAUUGGUUCCUUUGGUCCACAAGAAGAUGAGUUUUUCAAUAAAGUUACUGAAUAUGCAAGGAAGCGUGGUAUUCCAAGAAUCUAUUUAGCUGCGAACUCUGGUGCUAGAAUUGGUAUCGCAGAAGAAUUAGUUCCAUUGUAUCAAGUUGCUUGGAAAGAUGAUAAAGACCAAUCUAAAGGAUUCGAAUAUUUAUAUUUGACACCAGAAGGCAUGGAAACUUUGAAGAGUUACGGUAAGGAGAAAUCUGUCUUAACUGAGCGUGUUGUUGAAAAUGGUGAAGAAAGAUUUAUCAUUAAAACGAUCAUUGGUGCUGAAGAAGGUCUUGGUGUUGAAUGUUUAAGAGGUUCUGGUUUGAUUGCAGGUGCUACAUCUAGAGCAUAUCAAGAUAUCUUUACCAUUACUUUAGUUACUUGUAGAUCUGUUGGUAUUGGUGCUUAUUUAGUUAGAUUAGGUCAAAGAGCUAUUCAAAUUGAAGGACAACCAAUUAUUUUAACUGGUGCUCCAGCCAUCAAUAAAGUUUUAGGUAGAGAAGUUUAUUCUUCUAAUUUACAAUUAGGUGGUACUCAAAUCAUGUAUAAUAACGGUGUUUCACAUUUAACUGCAUCUGAUGAUUUAGCUGCUGUGGAACAAAUUAUGGAAUGGUUAUCAUAUAUUCCAGCUAAACGUAAUAUGCCUGUACCAAUUUUAGAAACUGAAGAUAAAUGGGAUAGACAAAUUGAUUUUAUACCAAGAGUUAAUGAACCAUAUGAUGUGAGAUGGAUGAUUGAAGGCCGUACUCUUGAAGAUGGUGGAUUUGAAUAUGGUCUUUUCGAUAAGGGAUCAUUUUUCGAAACUUUAUCAGGAUGGGCUAAAGGUGUUGUUGUUGGUAGAGCUCGUCUUGGUGGUAUUCCAUUGGGUGUUAUUGGUGUUGAAACUAAGACUAUUGAAAAUUUGAUACCUGCUGAUCCAGCCAAUCCAGAUUCAAGAGAAAGUUUAAUUCAAGAAGCUGGUCAAGUUUGGUAUCCAAAUUCAGCGUUUAAGACAGCACAAGCUAUUAAAGAUUUUAAUCAUGGUGAACAAUUACCUUUGAUGAUUUUAGCCAAUUGGAGAGGGUUUUCUGGUGGUCAACGUGAUAUGUAUAAUGAAGUUUUGAAAUAUGGUUCAUUUAUAGUUGAUGCGUUAGUUGAUUACAAACAACCAAUUUCCAUUUAUAUUCCACCUACUGGUGAAUUAAGAGGUGGUUCAUGGGUUGUUGUUGAUCCAACGAUUAAUUCUGAUCAAAUGGAAAUGUAUGCUGACAAGGAUUCCAGAGCUGGUGUCUUAGAACCUGAAGGGAUGGUUGGUAUUAAAUACCGUCGUGAAAAGUUACUAGGUACAAUGGCUAGAUUAGAUGAGAAAUAUAAGACAUUAAGAGAGAAAUUAAGUAACAAAGAUUUAAGUGUUGAAGAACAUCAAGAUAUUUCUAAACAAUUAUUAAUUCGUGAAAGACAAUUGAUGCCAAUAUAUAAUCAAAUUAGUAUACAAUUUGCUGAUUUACAUGAUCGUUCACAACGUAUGGUUAGUAAGGGAGUUAUUCGUCAAGAAUUAGAAUGGGUUGAAGCUCGUCGUUUCUUUUUCUGGAGAUUAAGAAGAAGAUUAAAUGAAGAAUAUUUAAUUAGAAGACUUGAUGUUGAAUUACCAGAAGCUGUUCGUUUAGAAAAGAUUGCUAGAUUAAGAUCUUGGUAUCCAGCUAGUGUUGACCAUGAAAAUGAUAGACAAGUUGCCACAUGGAUUGAAGAUAAUUAUCAAUUAUUAGAUGAACAUUUGAAAUCGUUAAAGGUAGAAUCCUUUGCACAAGGUUUGGCUAAGAAAAUUAGGAAUGAUCAUGAUAAUGUUAUUACUGGAUUAUCUGAAGUUUUGAAGAUGUUGUCUAGUGAAGAUAAGGAGAAGAUUUUAAAAAGUAUGAAGUGA